CAGCUGCCAUGAAAGACAACCAGAAAAAGGCUGGAGCAUGUUUGGGUUUUCGUUUGGACUGAAAACCUCACCCAAGGGAUUACAGAAACAGAAAUAGAAGUAAAACCGCAAGCUCGGUGGAAGCAUUAUCAUGCUCAGGAAGUGUUUAUAAGUAAAGUCCACCCACAAAGAAGCAAGCUACAUCUGUUCUCUGUUUCACUCAUGUCUCAUAGACCUGAUCGACCACAGUGACAAACUUAAUCUCAUCACAGUUUGCCUGUUCACUGCUCUCAAGGUAUGAACUACACCAAUACCACUCAGCCCCCUAGCUGCGGAGGCCUUCCACGUGGAAACAGCACAGAUUUCAGCAGUGUAUUUACACGAGAUGUGCUCCCAGUGCUCUAUGCUCUGAUCUGUGCUGCUGGUCUGAUCUUGAAUGGUUUGGCAGCAUGGACCUUCUUCAAAGUACCUAGCACUUCAGGCCUGGUGGUGUACCUGAAGAACAUGGUGGUGGCUGACCUUCUCAUGCUGUUCUCAUUCCCUUGGCGUGUGGUCAAUAACCUACGCUUGGGCGGAUGGUACCUGAGACUGGUGGUGUGCCGCUACACAGCUGUGCUCUUCUACUUAGGCAUGUAUACAGGCAUCAUCUUCAUGAGCCUCAUCAGCCUGGAGCGCUAUAUCAAGAUUGUGCAUGCGUCCUCAUGCACACCUGGGUCUUCCUCUUUAUGUGCCUCCGCUUUCCUGCAGCAGGUGACCGUAGCCCGAUGUCUGGUGCUUCUGUCCUGGAUGCUGAUGCUACUCUGCAUGAUCCCCAACACACUACUGACCAACAAGCCUGCUGGAGAGGGCUGCUCCUGCAUGGACCUGAAAAGUGAGCUCGGACGCCGCUGGCAUGACAUCUCUGUUCACUCUGCUGUGGCCAUCUUCUGGGUGACACUUGUAAUCAUGUUGUACUGCUAUUCUUCCAUAGCCUGGCAGGUGUACCGCUCCUACCGAAGAGUAAAGCGGGGCAGUAGCAAAGCAAGCCGCAAAUCUAACCAAAGUAUUUUCAGCUUGCUGGCUGUGUUUUUUCUCUGCUUUGUGCCAUAUCAUGUUUGUCGAGUGCCUUACACACUGAGCCAGAGGUUCAACACCAGUCUGAGCACUCAAACCCAAUACCAUCUCUUCCAGGCCAAAGAGGCCACACUAUUCAUGGCUUCAUUUAAUGUGUGUCUAGACCCCUUGGUCUACUUCCUCAUGUGUCGGACCUUUCGAGAGUUGCUGCUGCGCAAGCUCUCCACUCCAGAGGCUGUUAAUGGAGUUCCCUCUGUAAGCAACAGACUAAGCACAAGUAAUUUGUAGAGAAGAAAUGGAAACAAGAAGAGGAAUUGAUGGACACCAAGGUGGUUAAAGCGGAUCACAUACACAGUGCUAGACCAAAAACAAAAUCAGUGCAGGAGCAGUGCUACAG